AUGAGUUCACCGGUUCGGUCUUUCUCAACGUCUCCUGCUUCUCGCAAGUAUGCAAAGAUCCGCUACCACUUUGUGGCACGUAACGUAAACGAGCUGUCGGUGCUUCAGGAUGAAAUUCUGGAGGUGUUGGAGGAUGAUAAGCAGUGGUGGAAGCUGAGGAAUCGAAGUGGACAGGCGGGAUACGUGCCCUAUAAUAUCCUGGAUGUGGUAAAACUGGAGGACCCUCAAACUAUGAUUGACCCGCCAUACAGUCCAGGAAUACCUUACAAUGCGCCAUACCGUGGACAGUCUCCCUCUGGCUCAAUGGGCAGUGAAAAAGACGGUCACACUCAACAGAUGGAUAAAGUGAACGAUGAGCUGCUCAUGUUGAUCAGUGGAAAUAAGAUUCAACAGCCCACGAGGAACUUCAAGGUGGUGCGUCAGUCUACUGUCCCGCUGGCCUUUGACUCCAACCCGGCUGAGGUCACCACCUGGCUCAAGGCCAAGGGCUUCUCCAAACCGUGA